UCGCUGGAUUCGUUACUUUUGUGCUGUGGUCAUGUACUCUGUGUCUUAAGUGAGCUUCACUGACUUACAUCCUCAUUGGUGAAGAUAACAAGAAAGAUCACAAUGGUGGAAAAAGCCCAAUUUCAUCUAUAAGAUUAAACCUUUAAUGAUGUUUCAGGACCACUGGUUUCUUACAAUGAAAAUUAAGUAAGCUUUUGCCACCCAGUGAGACAAAUGUGACAAUAUUCCAUGGAGUUUAAUUGUAAUUUUUAUGAGCUUCGCUGAAUCUUAACUUUUUGUGAGACAUGACUCAGGUUCAUAUUUUAUUGAAUCUACUCACUUUUGACAUAAGAAACAACUAACAUUCCUUGUUUUAUGCCUGAGAAGACUGACGUAGGAGAGAAUUAAAACUGCUUCACAACUGAUGGAAACAUUUAAGACAAGAAUGCUACAUUUCAUUUAUUUCUGUUAAAAAUAUUUUUCAUGUGUAACAUUGGGAGAAAAAAUUUGCCAUUUAUUCCAAAAUAGUUGCAGACACUGCCUGCAGUUAAAGGAGGAUCUAAUCUAUGGCAUCACAAUUCAGAGAGCUAUAAAAGGGAUUAAUUCAGCCUGUUUAAUUGAACUAUUGCCAUUAGAUAUCCGGUGCUGAAUGCAGUAAAAAAGGAGAAAACAUCACAAUAAAAAAAUCUGAAAUACUAGGGCUGGAACAUUAUACAGGUCAGCCAGAAAAUUAAAGACGGCGGAUAUUCUUUGCUGAUUAGAACUGCCACAGUUUAAAGGAAAAAAAAAAGACAAAAUAAUCAUGAAAUCAAUAACUGUAACACUUUAUCGGCAUUCUGUUAACAGCUUGUAUCAAAAAAUUCCUGCAACAGAAAUUUUUUCAUGACAAGCUUAUUUGAUGCGGAAGUUGUGGAUUUAGGAGACUAGACGAAGAAAGAAUAGAAAAUGACCAACUCCUCCAAAAUGCCAAACACAUCCUCAUCCUCUGCUGAUGUUCAGCUGAAAACAUCUCAACAGAAUUAUGAACCCCAAAUUUCAAGUGCAGAGUCAGAACUCAUAUUUCUGGAAAUUUUAUUUCAAGUGUACCUUCCACCUGUUCUUAUUGUCCUUGGAACUGUGGGAAAUUGUCUGACAAUCUUUGUCAUGAGAAGAAAAAACCUCUGCCAGUGUUCUAUAAGUUUCUACAUCACUGCUUUUGCCUGUUGCUCAUUGGUGAUGCUUUACCUUUUUCUGGGGACAGAGUGGAUUUCAAAGAUUUUUAACCAAAAAUCUGUAGAUGAGAAGGCAGAUUGGCUUUGUCCAGUGUGGCAAUUCAUCAGUAGAGUCAUUUCCUAUUCUGGGAUCUGGUUUGUGGUUGCUAUGAUGAUUGACCGUUACAUUGUAAUAUGGCAUCCAAAACAGUUCUCCAGUUUGUGUACUCUCUUCAUGGCCAAGUUUGUGGCCAUCAUAAUCUUUGUUGGUUUAGUGGUCAUCAGCAUUCACGCCAUGUGGACUUUUGAACUUAUGGAUAAUGGCUGUUACACCUACCAUCCAGAAAAUGAUGUUCAUUCCGUGAUUUGGACUUGGGUAGCAGCAAGUUUCUACUCCUAUAUUCCAUUAGCCCUGAUUUUCAUUUUUAAUGUGUUGAUUUUUACUGGGAUAUGUUUGAAGAGACCUUUUAAAUCCCACCAAACACAGGACCACCAUUCUCUGCUCUUUACCUACACAACACUUGCCACGUCCAUGUUUUAUUUCCUGCUUGUAAUGCCUGCCACUAUCAUCAACAUUGUAGAACAUACCUAUCCUCCAUCUUGGCAACAAGACAAAGAACUGGUGACACAACUUGCAAAAGCUAACUUGACAGCUCACUACAUGGCAUGGCUAAACAUGACCAUCAUCUUUUUCAUGUGUUUCUUCUUUUCCCGGACCUUUCGUGCGGAACUAUGGGAUAUGCUGUGCUCUCUGUGUUGCAGACACCGCCGGAGAAUCUAUGAACUACAAACUGGGUCUCAAAGUACACACCUUGAAACUGACUCUUGUAACGAGACCACACCACUUUGAGGCAUUCAAGCUGUAAGUAAGCUUUCCAGAGCCCCUGUGUUCUAACAGGACAGAUUUGACAUUGAAUAUUUUUUGUGCUUGAAACGUUUUUGCUAUAUAAAUGCUCAUUACUUAUUCCAUUCAAUGUUGACUGAUACAUAUUGUCUAUAAAUAAACAAUAUUUUUAAACAAUAUCCGUUUUUU